AUGUCAAAAGAUAAACCAAAGUCAUAGGAAUUAAGCGAAAAGGAUCCUUCUAAAUAUAGAUUCUAUGAUAAAUAAGAUGAAUUAUUAAUAAAGAAACCAGGUGAAGUUGAUGGAGAAGCCUUUGUACUUAAAAAUUGUGUUCGUUGUAAGAUCUUCAUAAUGGACUAUUCAGCAUAAAUUCUUAUAGAUGAUUGUUUUGAUUGCUAAAUGUUUUUUGCUGCUGUUGAAUCUAGUAUGUUUAUAAGAGGAUGUAAAAGAUGUAAAGUAAUUACUGCUUGUGGAUAAUUUCGAUCUAAGAAAUGUGAAGAUAUUUAAACAUAACUCUUUACUUAAAGUUAACCAAUAAUGGAAUUAUCUUUAAGAAUGGGAUUUGGUUGUUUUCGUGGUUAUUAUCCAUAAUUAAAAUAACAUUUACAAAAGGCUAAACUCAAUAUCUGGAAUAAUACUUGGGGUGAUUUACAUGACUUUGACCCUGAAAAAUAAGCUGAAAUUACUCAUUUUUUUAUGGUUUUAGAAGAUACUUGUUAUGAAGAUAUGUUAAAACCUCUAAAUGAAGUACUUUCUUUACCUAAUUUUACUUGGACAGAUGAAUGUAAAAGUGAAAAUAUAUUAAGUUAUUCCUUUUACAAGUGAAUAAGAAAGAAACCUUUUCAUGAAGAAGUAUUAUUGAUUUUUUAUCCUGAAGAAUCAUCACAUCUGAAUGUAGAUGUUUUUAGUUCUACUUUUUUACCUUUACUUAAAGAAAUUCCAUAAGAAAUCUUUGCAGAAGAACAUAGUUAAAUUAAUAAUUAAGUUGAAAUAGAAGCACCAGAAUAACUAUAUUGUUAUUUAGUCAAAUCAAAAUUUCAACCUUUAUUUGCUGAUAAUUGGCCUUUAUUUCUGCUGUAGAAACUCAUUUACCAGCAGACAAAGCAGCUAAACUUAUAAAUCAGGUUGUUAUUAAAAAUAGAUUACAACCAACAUUUUCAUUGCAUAUUCGGACUGAUAAUCAAGAUAUUAAAUUAUUAUCUUAUUUAUAUUCAGUUUUAGAUAUGAAAUUGAAAUGUGAUUUAAAAAAAGUAUGCUUAAUUGUUUAAAAUUCAAAAGCUAUUGAAGAAUUAAUAGCAUUAUUAUUUGCAAAUUAAAAAGAUGAAAGAGCAGGACAAUAAUGA